UAUUUUUCAGCUUGAUAGAUGAAAGCUGCCACCAUAACCCAUAUGGUUGACAAGAAAUAGAGUGGCGAAGGGGGAUAGGAAGAAGGGAGACGAUGGGGAGUGGGAGAGACCGAAGUGGCAUGGCGUCGAUGAGCGAAGACCUCAUGGCCAACAUAGUGGGGAGGCUGCCGGCGGUUUCCUUCGCGGCGGCGGCGUGUGUCUGCAAAUCUUGGCGGAGAGUCUGCUCCCAAGUCCUCUCUCGCCCCAAACUCGCCUCUGCUCUCUCCCUCAAUCCUUCUGCUCAUAUUGCCUUGCAAGAAGUUGUCGAUAAGGUUCUGUCUGAGCCUAUUUUCCCGCAUUUUGCCAUCGUCCACGCGGGCCAAGGUUUUAGCUUGGCGGGUGCUCUUCAAUAUAUUGGUCGCAAGUUGGGAGCUCAGACUCCUGUAAUUGUAUCUCGCGAUGCUGGAGUCAUUGGAAUAGAUGUCACUACCAAUGAAGUCAAAGAGGUUGAAUGGGAAGAUGAUAGUGAGGAUAAUGUAACUGAAAUCAACAGAAAGCAUGGCAUUGUCCUGACCGUGGGAUUUGUACCUGGACUCAAAGUUGAUUGCAUCCCACUUGUGCGGCUUGCGGAGGGACCGGCAAUGGUUGACAAGUUCAUCAUGGACAUUAGAGAAUAUUCGACUUCUAUCUCUGGUUGCGCAUCACCAGUUGGACUGAUCUUGUUUGGAGAUGGAAGUGCUGAUAUCAAAUGUGUUGUAGAGAAACUAGAUAGUGCAAUGCCUGUGGAAACCGCAAUUGUGGGCGAUGAGAGAGGCGAAUUUCUGUACAGAAGUGUGAAUGAUUGGGGAAAUGUUCAUGGGAGCCAGGAAUGUUGCACUGAUGCAGUUGCCCUUAUAUUUGCCAAAGAAAGGAAUAGCACUCCUGGUAUUGGUGAAAUCAGAUUUCAUAUGGCACUAUCAGACGGAGUUUCAAAGAUAGGUCCAAGGUACAAGGCCGUUUCUGUUAGGACACGUGACAAUCAUACCUGGCUAACUGCUAGAAGAGAAGGACGAGAAGAAGUUCUUGAUGGGGAAAGCAUUCUCAAUCAAAUCUAUGACGAGAUGGACGAUCGUAUCGAGUACCCUGAACUUUAUAUUAGAGUUAGCAAAAGAAGAAAACAUACCACUGGGGCAGAGAAGACGAAGCUGAUUACCUCCUUGUCAUUUCAUGCGUUGCUCAGAGGGGAUGAAGAAUACCUAUAUCUUGAUGGGACCAGCAUUAAAACUGGCGAUUACUUUCAGUUUUACUACACGGAUCCUGCUACUGCGCUUGCCUCGGGUAACAAAGUCAGUGCAAGUCUAAGAAGUUUGAACCUAGGGUGCAAUUUCAAGAGCUCUUAUCAGGCAAGGGCUGCCGCCGGUAAUGCAGAUAAAGCUGAAGUUCUUGGAGGCUUCAUGUUUGCUUGUUGCGGACGCGGAGCAUCAUUCUUUGGUCGCCCCAAUGUUGAUUGCUCGCCAUUCGUGGAGAACUUUCCUGGCGCUCCAUUGGCAGGAAUGUUUUGUGGUGGGGAGAUCGGCUGUUGCUCAAUGAGUUCGGAGGAGCAAGGUAGCCGACGAGAGAGCUCUACCCGAGGUUGUUGCCAUGUAUAUAGCACCGUUUAUCUUGUAAUGUGGCAUGCGCCUGCACCUGCACCUGCAGGGACUACCCUUAGAGGCUAGAGCAUGGCCAGGGUUAAUACGCAGCAAUCAUGGAUUUUGUGCUCCACUUGGGUUUGGUGCAUUAUGAAAUUGUAUGAGUGUGAUGGCACAGGUGUUGACCAACAGUUAAUAAAAUGUGUCUUCUUUUAUUU